GGGGUGGUUAUCGAUAAAAACGAAAAAUGGCGGAACGUAUGAGGGUGACGACGGCUCCAGCGGUUAACCGGCCUGUACCAAUGAAGCUCUUUGCCACCUGGGAAGUCGACGGAACCCCACCGAAUUGUAUACCCAGGCUGUGCUCACUGACCCUCUCAAGGCUCGUGAUACUUCGACCGCUGGGCUCGGACCUCGCCUCGAUAAGCAUCGCCGUAAAAAUGCAGAGCUCCAAGAGGACUUUGAGAUCGAACGAGAUGGCGGUACCCUCCGGCGGGAUGCUCGACACGGAAUUGGAGCUCCAAUUCGCACUCCAGUAUCCUCACUUUCUCAAACGUGACGGGAAUAAACUUCUCGUUUUAUUGCAAAGACGAAAAAGAUACAAAAAUCGUACGAUGCUCGGGUACAAAACGCUCGCCGAGGGUGUCAUAAACAUGGCACAGGUACUGCAAAAGCAGAUGGACGUCGAGCUCGAGCUGAUUUCGGACAAGGCCGAGAAGUACGGCGGUCACUCGGUCGUUUUGGCUCGCGUAAGCGUUGUCGCAUUGAGUUCUCAACCGGUCGACCACGAUAAGAGGCUGGCCAACGAUCCCAGCGAAAGACUGUGUCCGGAAUUCAGCGACGAGGAGGAAGAGUUCAGUUCCGAGGGCGAAGCGGAGGGAAGCGACAGCGAGCCGACCCUCGAAGUUCACAGGCGAAAAAGCCGAGGAAAAAUACCAACGAACGCGAGACAAAGAAAUUUGAAACAAAAAUUUAUUGCUCUCCUCAAGCGCUUCAGGGUGUCGGAGGAAUUGGAGCACGAUCAGGAAGAAAUCGGACAAAAGUUGUCGGCAGGUGGCGAUAUGGAGAUUGAGGAACUUUUCGACGAGCUCGAAGAUCUUUCGGACAGCGGUCCCGAGCUGGACACGAUGUCGGUUAGCAGCACGCCGAAACCUUCUCUACGUCCGUUCUUCAGCUCGAGUCGAUCGCUUCUGGCACCACCAAACACCGUAGUUACCAGAGAGGAGAGCGGAACGAAUUCGACGACGAAUACGACCCCGACGUCCGCAAUAUCGGCGGCGGCGACGACGACCUCAACCCCGGGAACGACGACCUCGACGAUAGGCCAAUCGCCGAUGAGCCAACCAAUCAAAGACAAAUCCCGAGUGGGACACACGACUCCAGAACGCGGAGCGGACCGACAGAGUGACGACAGUUCGAGAAGAGCCGACAGUGACUCGCAUCCGGAAAAUUGGACCGAUCACGAAGCCAACGAUGCGACACCCAGCACCGUCGCUGGAUCUCCUCCCAAAAGCGAACAACAACAACAACAACAACAAACUUCCGACCGACGCAGCAAACUUUUCGCUCGAGAUCGUCCCAGCCCCGGUAGCAAUAAAUCUAAAAAACACAGUCUGAGCGUCGACCUCAAACCGUCUCAUCCGGAUCUCAACAACGCAGAACCGAGGAAGGCGUUGGUCGAACAGUUGACGCGCGUUUUACCGGACGACAACUUGCCGGAGGCAGUAGCUUUGAUCUCAUUGGCGGAUCCAGGAGGCGCCGUAUUGGCAGCAAGGCUCCAAGAGCGAAAUCACCGAGUGCUAACGACAGCAUCACCGGCCGAUAUUCGAGCGACGUUUACCUGUCUCGUGGCGCGGAUACAAAAAUUCUGCAACAGCUCGGCGAAGCCACCCGCUCCGAUAAAGGUCGUUAUAGCUGGUGGCGAUGGUUUCGUGAACGCAGUUCUUCGUCACUACGUAGAUCUUUUGAGCUUCAAACCACCGGAUUGGCAGAAUUAUUUACGAUUUCUAAUAGUACCCUUGGGCUCGAACAGCCUCUCCAAAUAUCUGGCUUCAAUCGACGGCCAAUACUCAAUUCUCUUCGGUGAUGAGUGGAAAGAACUUUUGGAACGAGAACCGAGCGGGGCGAGCGAAGGUGCUGCCAGGGUUUCCGAGUAUCUUGCGACGGCGGGGCCGACUCUACCGUUGCCAAUUGCCGAGGCAAUGGUCACGUACAGGGAAACGGACGACAGCAGCCAAAUUUUCAUCCCUUUUGUAAAUGACGUUCGCGUAGGAUGUCCGGAUGGCAGCGCAUCGGCCUCAGUUGAUCUCGAGGAAGGUGGGACAACCGCCGGUGGUGGUUCCUCGAUUGUUUCGGGUUCGCCUCCCUCUCUUCCACCUCCGAGUUUGCCGAUUCCACCACCCGGAAGGUUAACACCUCCGAGUAGUCCAAACGUGAGUCAACCUCGAGACGCUUGGGAGCCCGUUGAGCUUCAACUCGACUAUUGGAGCAGACCAGCCCUUGGUGAAAAAGGAAAGAACACGCUUCGCCAAGCUUUUCGGGCACUCCACGUUCAAAGAUUGCCAAGCCUCGGCGAUACUCCAAACUCUUAUCUCUCUAUGAAUUAUACGACUAAGGAGAAGAAGCAAAAGAGUGAGUUUCCCCUUAUGAGAUUGGGCAAAAAGAAGGAAAAAGAAAAGGAAAAUGAGCCCAAGAGCCAAACCGUCGAUGGCGUCACGCGUCUCAUCUGUUCGGCCAAGACACACAACAUUCCACUGAGAGUAAGUAUCGAUGGGACAGAGUGGUAUGGAGUUAAAUUCUUCCAACUUUCGGCGCAAUGGCAGACGCACAUCAAGACGUUUCCGGUGGCCAUGCUCGAUUACAACCCUCUCCAGCUUGCUCCAAAUUUAACAUAAAAUCUACGCUUUCGUCGCCGCGAAGACUCGUCUCCUUCCUCAAUGUUUCGGUAACGAUACGAUUUGAAUCUUCUAUUACUCAAGCAAUAGAAAAAUAAUAGUAAUGUCGAGCGAAGGUCGAUUAGGAGCGUGACGAAAUUUAGAAAACCCAUGUUAGAUUCGAUUCCCUUAUUAUUUUUUAUUUUAUUUGAAUAAUUGUUUAUUUUUAUCAAUUCGUCCUAGACCGAUUGAGAUUUGUAUAUAUAUAUAUAUAUAUAUUUUCUCUUCUUUCUAUCCUUCGCCCCCUGUUUGAUUAUUAUCCAAAGAUUACUCUUCCCGGUUUCUCCGUAGAAAUCCAAUUUCUCUUCCGUAGAAAUUUUCCCUUUUUUUUCACGCGCCCAACGACCGACUCGUUUCGUUGGGGAGCCCGUUGUUUUUUUAGUUUACUUUUUUAUCUCAUUCCCGCUUCAUACUUUCUACGAAUCUGAUAUUCGUUGGAGCAUCUCGCUCAGAUGUUUCGACUAAGAGCUGUACGUAAUGCGAAGCAUUCCAGUCCCACGAGAGUGUUGCCACAAAAUAUUACGAGAAUAAGCGCAUAGCGCAAAAAUAAGAAACAAACAUGACACGCUCAACGUUCUCGAACGCGCUCUGUAAAUUGGUUCAUUGAGAUUUUUCAAUAACUUUUAGAAUUCUUGCUAAAGCGAAUAUAUCAAGACGAAAAAUACUAAUUAUCAAAAAAAAAAAAUGUAGAGAGUGAAAAAUACGGGGAAAGAGUUUUAGACUGCUAUUCUCGAGCGACGUAGACGUCGCUAUGACUGCCUAAUGCCAAAUUCAUUAUAAUCCGCUCGCGUUUUAUCGAAAUUUCUUUCAAGAUUCUUAGGUAAUGCUCAACUUUCGACGCUCCCAUCUUUUGUGUGUAAUACUGCACUCCUCUGACGGAAGACAAGCCAAGCGGCUUGUUCGAUUCAUAUAGAUUUUUAUCGAUGAUUUCACCACUGAUUUCCCUUUCAAACUUGUUGAAUUGACAUUCUGUUUUAUAUUUUUUACUCUCUCUCUCUCUCCCUUUCUAGUCUAUAAUGACAUUUAUAUUUAUUUUACUAGUCUUCAAUUAAUUGAUAAAGCAAUAUUACAACGAUGACGAAUCAAAGAAGAUAAAAGUCGCGUCUUUAACGCGUAAACUCGAUGUUCCAUUAUCGAGAAUAAGCCCUUCAUGCUAAACUCAUUAAUGCCGUUGUAAAGCCUCGACAGUUAGCAUCAAGUCGGAAUUGAUUAUUGACUAUGUCAUUGCGAUAACGAUUGUUAUUUUGAAAGAGAAAGUCUGCUCAUCAUUGCGAAAGAGUAUACACACUCAAGUUGUAUGAGUAACGCGAAAGCUGCCAUUUCAUCCGUACGAAUACUCGAUCGCUGUAUGUACUACUCUCGAAAGUUUUGCCCCGUUGGCGAUUUAUAUUCCCUCUGGAAUCUGUUCUCGCUAAUCAUAUCCUAAUUAGUAUUAUUGACCAAUGGGAAAGAGAGUGAAGGGAAAAGACAUCAUUUAAAAAACUGAAUAUUAUUUUUAAAUUACCAAAUGAAUAUUGGAAUAUUCGAAGAUUAAUUGUAUCACGAUAUAAAAUUAAAUGCGUUGUCUCACAUUAUUUGUUAACAUUUUCCACCAUAAGAAUCCGAAUUCACAAAUGUAAAAUUAGACUUUUUUCAUUUCAAUUAUUCUGACUAUAUUAUUGCGUAUGAGACGAACUUGUGAGCCCAUCAGCGAACAUGGCCUCGCGUGUACAUUCUUUUUAUAUUUUCGACAGUAUUUAAUGGUCGAUGUACAUACAGUGAUGUAUAACUUGUAAUUAUUUGCGAAUCAAGUUCCUCGUUCGAUUAGCGCAUUGAAGAUGUAGCCAUAGUUCGUUUACGAAAAUCGAGACAAUUGAUUUCAUACGAUUUUAACGAGCUUAGUCAUUUAGUAUCGCGUAUUACAAGCGUGCGAUACGAAAUUUUUCGUCUACGCGUCAUUGCUACCCAACUUAGUUCCAUAUCGUUUCAUGUCUUUGUUAUAAAUCUAAACUCUACACAAUCGACAUUAGUUCCGGAACGAUAUUACCGGAUUGCUGCUACAAGGCGAACUACAGCAGAAACUGAUAACUGAAAAUCGUCAAAGCAACAAUGAAAUGACGAUCGAAGCACAAUUAUCUCGUUUGGCUGAUGAAUUGUUAAAUUUUUUAUUUUAUACGCUUUGCAAACUUCAAUAAACUACAAUUGAAAACGCAUCUGUAUGCCAAUACAAUUAGUAUGAUUAUGGAAAUUGGAAACAAAGAGCGAUAUCAAGGGCCAGAUUAAUCCCUAAUUAAUAAAAUUAAUUUUACGAUGGGCUGACUUUCAUCGCCCAAGCUCAAAGCUUACAAUAAUUAAACACCUCACAUACCUGCGUACGAAAAAUAUACGUAAAUAUAUCUAUUUAUGUAAGGAUGUAUCGUAGGAAAGUGCAAGAAAAAUCGAACAAUGAAGAAUCUUUAUAAAAAACAUUAAUGAGAAUGAACGAGAGAGAGAGAGAGAGAGAGAGAGAGGAAUUGGCAGUUGUAUCUAAUGGUUUAUAGGGCUAGUCGUCUUUGCGGAAAGAUGUACCCAAAAACUGUAAAUAUACAUUCAGAAUCAUCAAUAAUGUAUAAUCGAAACGACAAAACACAAAUAUUAGAGAAUUUAAUUAGGGAAAGGCUGUUAAAUGUUGCAAAAGGAUAAAGGAUAAAAACGAUGAAAAAAGGGAGGUUCGCGCAAAAAAUUGAGAGGGACUGAAUAAAGCGAAAAGAAAAAAUAAAGCUUGUAUAAACAAGUACAAUAAAACAUACUUCGAGAUAGAUAAAUGUGAUUAAGGCUCAAAGGGUGAUGAAGCAUAUCGCACGGGAUCGUCGAAGGUUUAUUUCGCGAUUGAAAAUAAACAAAAUAUCCUAUUUUCUAGCCAAAAAGUUGGCUAGACCGAAUUGAAAUGUUAAUAAUUAAGUAUCUCGAUGUAAUAACGAGUUAUUGACGAAAAAUGACACGAUAAAAGGUUUUUUCCAGUGUAUCCAAUAGGACAGUUGUAAACAAAAUGAAACGAACGAAAAAAAAAGAAGAGAAAAACACGAGACAAAUGAAUUACGAAACCCCUUGUCAGGAACAGCGGGAAGGAAUAUCUUGAAAGUGCCUGCAAUAUGAAUUUUCGAAUGUUUUGAGAGCGACCCUCGCAUUAAAUUGUAAUGUGACAAAUAAAAAAAAAAAAUUAAAAAAAAAACACGUACGUUUACUGUCGAAGGGCAUUAGUACGUGAAAUAUCAAUUGACGCGAUAUAAUAUGCAUCAACAACGGCGACGAUCAUACGAGCGAAGAAGGCUAUAGACGAUCAAUUCGAAUCUCCAAACUGGAAAGCCUAUUUUAAUUCAACUCCCAAUUAUUUAUAUGACGAAUAUUGAAAAAAUAAAAAUACCUACAUGUGAUAUAUUAAUACUUUUUGACGUAAGAUUCCGAUGUCGGAUAUUAUUGUUGAUUAUGCUAGAAUUGAGUGUUGUGCCCUGGACUAUCCAAGUGCGCGACGAAAGAUUUGGAAAAAUAGUAUUUGUACAAAAACUUUGGGCGAUAAUGAGAGUGAGCGACAAUGUGGGCUCGUGUUCGCUUGUAUUCUACGAUGAUUGUACCAUUACACAAUAUUAUUAUAUUUUUCCUAUAUUGGAAAAAAGAAACAAUAAUGAAGAUUAUUUUGUGCGCUUGCGAGAGCGUAACAGCUUUCCGUUUUAUUUUUAUUUAUUUCUUUCGCCCGUCGCAAUAUACAAUUAGUUCAGGUAAUAGGGAAUGGAUGCGAAAACGAUUUAUCUCCGAAUCAAUAAGUCGAACACGGUACAUGUAUACAAAAGAUUGAAAAUACGAAAUGGAAUUUAAAUAAUUGGGUCGAAGAACGAGAAAAGCACGAAACGAGAACCAAGGCGUUAACAAUAAAUAAAAUAUGAUGUUGAUGUUUGUAAGCUUGAAAUAUAAAUGUAUCGCCGAA